GCUAGCAAUUUUGCGUUGGAUGCGCUUUUAAAUAACGGUUUAACGUUUGUAACGCGCAAAUUGUUCGGCCGAUAUGGUAUAAAAAGAUUUAGUUUUUUGGAUAACUUUGCGGGCGCGAAAUGGGGCUUUAAUAAGCUUUUCGAAAAACUUCGGUAUUGCUUUGGGCAACCGUUUAUAAACGCAUAUCGGCAUACGGGGGUUAACGGCAUAAUUUUAAUAUGCUUAACAACCAAAAUAACAGCUAUAAAAUACCGUACGCUCCGUAUAAUUAUCCUUAAAAAGGGGCAAACAAAUAAGGUUUUAAUUAUCGCUUUAUUGGAAAUCGAUAACUUUUUGCAACGGGAACGCGUUGCAAAUACCUAUAUAAAACGAAAAAAAGGCAAUAUCCGUUUUAAAAACAGGUUUAUUAAAAUUAAAAGCGUUACGGCGGCGCUUAUUGCGCGUUUUACGCUUUUUUUUAGCAAAGGUUUUUUUGCCGCGGCGGUUAAAACCCGCCGGGGGGUUACCGGCAAAACGUUUGCGGAAGUUUUAAAGGGUUGCAAGCGCAAAAGGGCCCGAUAA